UUUUUUAAGAAUACGAGAUUUUUAAGGUUGUGGAUUACUUUUUGAAUAUAGAUUUUGAUACCAUUAGCUUAUCAAAGUACGAAGUAGAAUCGUUUAUAACAAAACAUUAUGUGUACACAUACAUUAUUUCCAUUAACAAAACUUCAUUUGUUUCGCUAAUGAAGAUGAACUUUCUAUUAGUUCUAUUAUCUAUUAUCAUUCAUACUAUCACGAGGGUAAAAAAAUCAGAAAUGCGCUUUCUCACAAUUCACUAAAUACUGAAUUUUAUUGAGUUGAAGAUAAACAAAAAAAAAAUCAAAACACACCACCACCGUAACAAAUACAUAAUCGUUCUCUUUCAGCAUUGAAGUCGUUUUGCAGCAGUACACAACACCAACUCUGAACAAUUCGAAUUGCUAUUGCCAUUACAUAUUUGUAUAUUUUGUAAAAUUUUAGUUACUUUUAGAAAUUUCUGCUGUUUAUGUUUAUCUACCUAAGAAUGUGCAAGGUGUGCCAAAAAAAUUGUUGUAUCGCAAAAUUCCAACACAUCCCUACCUACGGGGACGUGAUGAAAAUGAUUUAUUUUAAUUGUAUGUCAAAUAAUUUUGCAGAAAAUUCCACUGCAUUCAAAUCAAAUGCCUACAACACAGGGCACUCACCCAGUGAAUCAUUCCUUGAAUUUAUAAUGCAUGUUUUUCAAUAUUUUUUUUGGGUGCGACUUGCACAUAUCUAUAGUAUAUUUUAUAUUAACGUAUAGCGAGAUAGAACAAAUAAUAGAUAAGAUUAUGUAUCAUUUUGUGAAUUCUAAUUAUAACGCUUUUCACAGGUACACAUUUCCAAGGAAUACCUUCAGUUGGAACCGAUUGGUUUGGUUUUCGUGUUCUUCUUCGCUUUGAUUUUAGUCAUUCAGUUCGUAGCAAUGUUGUUCCAUCGAUUUGGUACAAUAGCCCACAUUUUGGCCGCCACCGAAUUAAAUUGGUGUUGUACAAAAAAGAAGGAAGACUUGUCUCCGAAUGCCUUACUGGAUCGACAAGCGGUUGAAAUCGUGAAGCAAUUGCAAAAACUGCAGGGAAUAGACGAUCCCGAUUACGACAACGAUUCAGGCUCGGGACCGGACAGGAUCGGAAGAAGAAAAACAAUACAUAAUAUAGAAAAAGCGGCACACCGAAAGAGACAAAUUGGAACUCUUGAUGUCGCUUUCAAGAAACGGUUUGCAAAACUUAACCAGACCGGAGUGGAAGGUAUUAAUUUAUACGGUACGCCUGUUCUGAGCCGAAAACUGACCAUGGGACGUGAGACGAUGAAAGCGUUGGAGGUAAGGAUCAAUUCUGUCAUGGCUGAGAGGAAGAAAUCGCAAAUGCAGACAUUGGGGGCAAAGAAUGAAUACGGAAACAACAACGUAUUGAGAAGUCACAGAAACAGUACCGCAAGUAUACCAUUACAAGACGUUUUUGAAAACGGUCACGUGAACAGGGCGUUCGAAGAAGACGAUUCAUCAUCUAAAAGGACAUCCUUACCAAUGCAUACAAGAAACAAUGCUAAUUGGAAAGGAUUGAGUAAUAGGCUGUAGAAAAUUUAUUUAUUUUAAAAAAUGACGACUGCUACUGUAGGUCACUGGCUAUUAAAUUAUCAUUAGAAAAUAGAUACCUAAUAAAAUUCCUGACGUGAGAUAUAAUUGCAGUUGUAAAAUAACUGUUGUUUAAAAAUUGACUAAGGACAUGUAAAAAAACCACUGCCACGAACGAAGGAAUAUUUUUACUUUCCUAAAAAUACUCAUUUUCUUGUAGACGAAUCGAUAGCAAUUAAAAAACGAAAGAUGGAGACAUCAGAUAUUUAAGUAUUUACCAUUUUUACUUUUUAUAAGACUUUUAUGUAUAUAAGCUCAAAUUAAUUUUUUUAUUUAAU